AUGCCGUUGGCCUCUUAAAAUAGAGAGACACAGGGACGCAGAAGAAAACAAAAGCACUGCACGCUACGUAUCGGCGACUCAGAGCUCGACCGGACCUGAGACACAACACACACACAAACACACACACACUCACGUGUUCACACACUCAGAGCUGAAGCAGGAGCUGAGAUGGCUGUGGCAGGAGCUGAUGAAAUGCCGCGGCAGUUCCCCAAGGUCACGCUGAGUGACGUGGACGAGGAGGUGCGUCUGCUGGCCGAGAAGGUGUACGCCUCUGCGCUGAAGGAGGAGGAGAACAAAGACGCCAUCUCCAUGUACACCGUGCCCGAAGACUGUCCCAUCGGCCUUCAGCAGGCCAAGGACAGGGAGCUCCUCAGAGAACUGGCCGAACAGCACUCCGAGGAGACGGCCAAGAGGAAGAAGAGUUUAAAGAUGAUUCGAUCUCAGUCCAUGCAAAUCCCCGUUUGUGUGGACUGGGCGAGAGCCACGCCCACUCCGCUGGUGUCUCCGUCCUCCACCUGUCCCUCCAUCCCAGAUAACUUCCCCGAGUACCAGAGAGUCACCAUCAGUGGAGAUUACUGUGCUGGGAUCACUGUGGAAGACUACGAGCAAGCGGCUAAAAGUCUUCUGAAGGCGCUGUUCAUCCGGGAGAAAUACUCCAAGCUGGCGUACCACCGCUUCCCUCAGACCACCGCCCGGUUCCUGCGCAGUGCUGAGAACCUGAAGUGGAGAGAAGAAGAUGAAGUCCUGCCAGACAUCUGCCCAUGCCCUCGGGAAGGAGAGGAUCCCUACAGCAUGGAGAACAUUCCGGAGAACCUGAACUACGAGCUGAAAAUGAGGGACGGGAUUAUACACGUGUACGAGAAUGCCACAGCUGUCAGGGAGAACAGACCCCACUGUUUGCCGUACCCUGACCUCGAGACGUUCGCCAUCGACAUGACCCACGUCCUAGCCAUGAUCGCAGACGGACCCACAAAGACGUACUGCCACAGACGCCUGAACUUCCUGAGCUCAAAGUUCUACCUGCAUGAGAUGCUCAAUGAAAUGGCUGAGCUUAAAGAACUCAAAGGAGUCCCACAUCGAGAUUUCUAUAACGUCAGGAAGGUAGACACUCACAUCCACGCUGCUGCCUGUAUGAACCAGAAGCAUCUGCUUAACUUCAUCCAGACCACCUAUAAGACGGACGCAGAGCGCGUGGUCCUGGAGAAAGCCGGGCAGAGACUGACCCUCAAACAGGUUUUCAACAACCUCAACAUGGACCCUUAUGACCUCACUGUGGACUCGCUGGACGUCCAUGCUGGCAGGCAGACGUUUCAUCGCUUUGACAAGUUCAACUCCAAAUAUAAUCCUGUGGGAGCGAGCGAGUUACGAGAAAUCUACCUGAAAUCUGACAACUACAUAAAAGGAGAGUACUUUGCACUACUGAUAAAGGAAGUCGCUCAUGAUCUGGAGGAGAGUAAAUACCAGCAUGCCGAGCCCCGCCUCUCUAUCUACGGACGCUCCCCGGAGGAGUGGGAAAGCCUUGCUCAUUGGUUUAUUCAGCAUAAAGUCCACUCCCCCAACAUGCGCUGGGUCAUUCAGGUGCCCAGAAUCUAUGAUAUCUUUAUGUCACGGAAGCUGAUUCCAAAUUUUGCCAAGAUGCUGGAGAACAUCUUCCUCCCCUUGUUUGAGGCGACGGUGAAUCCGCAGAAGCACAAAGAGCUGCAUGUGUUCCUCAAAUAUGUGACUGGCUUUGACAGCGUGGAUGACGAGUCCAAGCACAGUGAUCACAUGUUCUCUUACAAAAGCCCCAAACCUGAGCAAUGGACCACCGGCGAGAACCCGCCUUACAGCUACUACCUCUUCCACAUGUACGCCAACAUCAUGGUGCUCAACAACCUGCGCAAGGAGAGAGGUCUGAGUACCUUCCAGUUCCGUCCACACUGCGGCGAGGCCGGCUCCAUCACUCAUCUGGUGUCGGCUUUUCUCACCGCAGAUAACAUCUCACACGGCCUCAACCUCAAGAAGAGCCCCGUCCUGCAGUACCUGUACUACCUGGCCCAGGUACCCAUCGCCAUGUCCCCCCUCAGUAACAACAGUCUGUUCUUGGAGUACUCGAAGAACCCGCUGCGAGAGUUCCUGCACAAGGGUCUGUGUGUGUCUCUGUCCACUGAUGACCCCAUGCAGUUCCACUACACCAAGGAAGCUCUGAUGGAGGAGUACGCUAUAGCAGCCCAGCUCUGGAAGCUGAGCACGUGUGAUUUAUGCGAAAUCGCCAGAAACAGCGUGCUUCAGAGCGGCCUGUCUCACCAGGAGAAAAAGCACUUCCUCGGCUCCGACUAUUUGAAGGACGGCCCCAAAGGGAACGACAUCCGGCGCACCAACGUGGCGCAGAUCCGCAUGGCCUACAGACACGAGACGCUGUGUAACGAGCUCAGCUUCCUGGUGGACGCGGUGAAAUCCGAGGCCCUGGGCUCGCAGACGUAGUCGGAGCAAGACACACACACUGCCAUAAGACUGUAGC